UCAUAGAUUCAAUUUUAGUCAGCUCCAUCGUGUUGAGACUGUAACAUCUUCAGCAAAACAACAACAACAACAGCCACAAAACGAAUUAAUUUAUUUCCGUCAAUAUGUGUACGCGAUUCGCUUUCAUUAGCUAGACUGAGCCUAUUAAAAAUUGAAGAGGAAAAAAUUAUUAAAAAUUCUUCCGAAUUAUGAUCGACAGCCGGUAAAUAUUUUGAGUCUUUAAUGUCUUGUGUGUCGAAGUGCGAAUUGUAACGAUUUAUCGGUGGAAAAUCAUUCAAAAAGAAAAUGUUGUUGAACGGAAAAAGUUAUUUGUUCGUUUGUGUAAUAAUUACAGUGAGUCUGUCACUUGUCGACGGUUGGAAAUUGCGUGACCUAUCCCAGAAAAAUGAUGAAAAUAAAGUGUUGCCAAAGAAGCCGAUAUUUCGGGAUAUUCCGAUGAGGAAGGUAGUGAAAAUCGAACGAAUAAGGGUCAAGAGUGGUGAAAGUGGCGAAGACGACGACGGAGUUGUUACUGACGAUGAUGAUGAUGGAGACUUUACAUUUGAAAAAGUCCACACCACCAAUUUCGAUUUACCAUCACGGCCGCUAGUUACACUCAACAAUCCUGACGUCGAACAGGAAGAGGAGGAACGAAUCGAAGAAGCUGCUGAGACCGAAAAAAUGACGUCGUGGUUUAGUCAUCUUACAAAUUUGAACAUAUUCAGCGAAAAGAAGGAAGAUGAAGGAACUAAACCGGGCGACGAUGAGUCCAGCGGAUAUUUCGGUUGGCUAAUGGGAGCGAAUCAAGAAUCAACUGACGACGAUGACAAGGAUUCUGAUGAAACCAGUUGGUUUUCGUAUCUCAAAUCAACGCUAGCCGAUUUUACCGACCUUCUUUCAUCCGACGACACAUCGAGUGUCGCCAGUGAUAAGAAACGUCGACACAAAUCAGAGGAGGUCGCACCAGAGAAACGGGAACCACUGACUACACAAUCGUUUGAGAAUUUAUUGUUGUCGAUACCAUCAUUCAUCCCAAAUUAUACGAAAAUAAACGACGUCGACUGCAGACGAAUGGGACAAAUUUUCCAACGACAAGUUCGAGGUCAAAAGCUAUGGGCAUUACAAAUGAUGGAUGCCAGCGCAAAAAUACCAUCUGGUCUGUUACGGGGAAAUGCUAAUCAGCUCGGCGAUUUCGAUCUAUGUACGGGAAUCAGGACUAAAGUGAAAAUUAAGGACGAUAAAUCGGUCAAAAUUAAGGGAAAGUAUUGUUUAGCGAAUAUUGACGUCGUUGCAGAAGACGAACAGUUGAAAAUGUCCAUACAUUUGCUGCAGGGACGAAAUUUCUUGAGAAGCCGUUUGGAGGAUCCGAGUCAUUUUUUACCUCGCUAUUCAACUUUAAAAUGGGCCCUUUGUAUCCCACAUGGUUGCAGCAGUGAAAAUGCCCUGGAAAUAUUGAACGAAUUUUUACUGCCAUUCAAUUCGACUGGAGUGAAAAUAUAUGCCGACAUUGACGAUAACAGUUGCUAUGUGAAAAGUCAGAAAAGUUGGUCGAAUACGCUCAAGGAAAAUUGGCAGGUUGCAGCAACUGUUGGAUACUUUACGUUCUUCAUUGUUGUAGCUGUUGUUGCCUCGUUGAAAGAUUACUGGAAGAUAUUAAAAUUGGACGUUUUAUUCGCUCCCGACAAGAAGAAAGACAAUUCAAAAGAAGAGACAAAUGAUGUGACCGAUGACUGUGUAGAAUCGGUCAAUGAAGAAGUGGAAAAUGACAAUGAUUCGACUCAGAAAGGAGCCACAAAAUUCCUAAUGACGUUUUCAAUUAAGCGCACCAGCAAAAUAUUAUUCAAUUUUGACUACGAAGAUAGCACAUUCUGUUGUAUCGAUGGACUGAAGGGAUUGGCUACAGUACCCUUAUUUCUGUCGUUAAAAUUGUUAACUUUCGGACACCUACCGUUUACCAAUAAGGCACAACUGACGAAGAUGCUAAACUCGUCGCUAAGUAUAUUCUUACGAGCGUCGUUCCUUUUCAUGGACGUUUUUCUGUUGGCAAGUGGUUUUUACGCUGGAUAUAAACUGUCGAAAGACCUUAAAGACCACAAUCAUCGCAUAGCGUGGUUCCGGCGGAUCGUUGGUCGGUUCAUUAGGCUGUUUCCAUCAAUGGUAGCGGCAAUUUCGUUCUCAGCCUGGAUUCUACCCUACUUGGGAAGUGGACCUCAAUGGGGUCCGCUCAUCGAAGAGAACUCUGACCUGUGCCAGGAAAGUUUCUGGAAAAGCAUUUUCUUUGUCCAGAACUUUUUUCCGGCUCAAGAGCAAUGCUCACCGCAUCUACAACAAAUUGCUAUUGACUGUCAACUGUUCCUGAUCGCACCGAUUAUAGUCUACUAUUUGGAUAGAAAUGCAGUUGUUGGAUUUGGACUAUUCGGUGCAUUGAAUGCUCUAUCUGUUGCGAUGCGAUACUCGAGUGCUCUGUCCGAGCGACUAUCUUUCGUCAUUUUCCAAGGCAUGAAACUGAGCCAAUUCUACCGAACGCUUGACAUAUCCUUCAAUUCGACAGUGCAACGAUCCACAUCAUAUCUCAUCGGCUUGGUAUUGGGCGUCCUGUUAUUCAAUCUGAACGAUAUCAAGCGCGACAUUAGAAUACCAAAGGGAAUUUUGGCUGUGGGCUGGCUGACUUGUAUUUGGUCAUUGAUCUGGUGUUUCUGGAUACCGAGCGAUUUGAGCAACAAAGAUUACGUUUAUGAGCCGUUGGAUGCCGCUGUUUUUGCUGCAUGGGCACCGCUAGUAUGGUCACUCGCCAUUUCAUGGAUAAUUUUUGUCAUUUUUAUUGAAAAUGGAGAAUAUCUGCGCCGACUGUUAACGGUACGACCACUUUUACUGCUCAACAAGAUCUCCUAUCAGAUGUUCUUCGUGCAGUUUCUAGUUCUAUUUUACAACACAGCAUCUGUUAGAAAUGGGGAGACCUUUCGCCUGGGGUCAUUCAUCAGUUAUACGGAAAUAUCUGCUAUUGUCGGCAUUUCAAUCGUCUCUACAGUAUUAUUCGACUUGCCGUUUAGAGAGAUUAGCAAAAUUCUGACAACGUACACGGACGCUGUCGUUGAGGAAUCAGCUGCAUCUCAAACGGAAGAUGUUGCCGCUGAUGAUCAAAAGAAUGUUGAUAAUGACAUCGAUGAGAUAUGGAACAAUGAGAGUCACAACAACAAAGUUACGUUUGCCGAUGACGAUGAAUAUUCGAAACGAUCGUUCACACCGGUAUGGAAAAAGUCUGACGACGAAAAGCCCGUAUGGGGAGACGACGAAGAUGAAAACGAUGCCGAUAAAGCAGCUAAGGCUUCGAAUCCCGAAUCCGAACCGGAAGACGAAGAAAGUAAUUCGGAAGAAGAAGAAGAAGAAGACAUCAGUUCGGGAAAUGAGUGAAACGAUGAGAAGCCCAAAACGUUGGAAAGUGUUGCAAAGUCCUAAAACAUUUUUGAAACUUGAACAAUAAACUUUCAGCGAACGGUUUAAGAUUCAGUAAUUCGUUCUUAUCUAAACGUUCCGAGUGUUUCCGAUAUAGACAAUGGCAAUGAUUGAUGAUUUAAUAAACCUGUAAAAAAACUG